GAACUGCAAAACUGUUCAAGUGGAUAACAUAUGGUUAUCAUGAAAAACUUAGAAAAAUUAAAACAAAUCGGUCGACACAUCUAUUGAGAGCUUUUGGAUGUACGUAGCUGGUCCACUUUCUACCAUUAAAUUCGGAAAAAAUACGUUUUGGUAGUAAAGGACUAUUUCAACAAAUAUCAUAGGUAUACAAAAUUCCUUAUCAAUUUAAUGAACUACAUAGUAGGGAACGUAUACAUCAACAAGUGGCUAACGAGAUAUAAUGUUCCAAUGAAAUUACAUUCUGAUCAGGGAAAGAACUUCGAACUACUGCUUUAAGACAAGCGCCCAACGCUAAGGACAAUUGUUAUAAAUCUCGAUUGGAAUCGCCUGCGGUGCCUAAAGAUUUUCGAUUUAAGUUAAUUUUUGGAUCGAAAUUGGCGAAGGUUGAACAAUAUCCAUUUAUGUGUGUCAUAAAUCCACGUCUCCGUACCGUUCUCAGCUACAUUGUCUGACAUCUUCUCUACAUCAACCGCUACUCGACGUCGUUUUGGAAAAAGAUUCAGGGCUUUUGGUACGAGCAGAGAUAAAGAGAUGACCAACUCUCCCAUCACUUGAAACUGGGAGCGUAAAGAUUUCGUCAUUUGACUGGAUCGGCAAUGGAAUCUAAACUAAUUUGGAUAAUAGCAAUAUUUUAUUCAACUCUUCAACAUAUCAGUUCCGCUUCAUCACCCUUGAAACGACCCCGAGCAGGAGAUCCCUUUGACACAUUUCCAAAAAAUUUUUGGCAAGAAUUCUCCUCCCCAUUUACGGACACACCCGAAGAUGAGGAGGCUGAAAUAACGGAAACCACAACUCACGAACCGUUUCCUUUCUUUGCUGAUCCAUAUACAACUGUAAACGUCAGUACGCAAUUAAGUUCGAAUGUACAUCUACAUUGUAGAGUCAACGACUUACAAGGAAAAACGGUAUCGUGGAUGCGGCGCAAAGGUGAUGAGUUGGCCCUGAUCACAUUCGGUCUUCACACGUACAGUGGUGACGCAAGGUAUUCCUUGGAGUUCGAAGAGCCAAAUGACUGGAAGCUUUCAAUACAAUAUGCAAAUGAACAUGACGAAGGACCGUACGAGUGUCAAGUCUCUUCACAUCCGCCUUUAGUAUUGUUAGUAUAUUUAACUGUAAUUGUUCCUCAUGUGGAAAUACUCGAUGAACGAGAUUCAGCCACUCCUGAGAAGUAUUAUAAAGCUGGAAGUACCAUUGAACUAAAAUGUGUAAUUUCGAAAAUACCGCAGCCGUCAUCGUACAUCACUUGGCAGCAUGGUAAGCGAAUGCUGAACUAUGACACCAGUCGGGGAGGAAUCAGCGUAAAGACUGACAUGCUUCCUGGAAGAGCAUUGAGCCGUCUUUAUAUUGCCAACGCAAAUCGACAGGACACUGGAAACUAUACUUGCAUGCUUGGCAACGAUAUUUCAGGAACCGUCAUGGUUCACGUCCUAAAUGGCGAAGAGCCAGCCGCAAUGCAACAUGCAUCAGGAGCUAAGUUGUGCUCUCCGAUUUCGAUUGUGAUAGUUACAAUGAUGGCAUCAAAGAUUUGUCUACGAUGACAACACUAAUACGAACUAUUUGACACUAACACCAACACCACUUGUCCAAAUCUGCAUUUUUCAUGUCCGCAUAAUAAAGGGUUGUUUUAGAAUAUAAAUAAAAAUAGGUGCAUAUUACAAAUAAAUGAAUAGGAUAUGAACCCAACCAUUUUUACAAUACACAAUAGAAUAAACAUGUAUAUAUAAAUGUUCAUAAAUUAUUGAAAGGAGUAAAGAUGUAUGUUAAGACUUAAACUUUUUCAUGCAUACUUAAACUCAUUGUAUUAUAAUUGAAUUUUUUUCAUUUUUAUACAAAUAUUUAAAUACAUAGAAAUUUAUAUUUAUAACAAUUUGCAAUGAUCAAAAAUGUCUGGAAAUUAACACAUUUUCGGAAACGUCGAUCCUUAGUGAAACUAAUGUACCAAGAAUAUUGCGAACUGAAAAGUCUUUCAAAAUUUUAUUAAACGAAACCAUAAAUUAGGUUCUAAGAAAAUGAUAAACUUCCAAAUGCAAAUCAAACCAUUAUUCAUAUUUGGUAUCCUUUAAAUGUCCUAACCUGGACAUUUGUCAACUAAAUAUUCACAUAUUAGCUUAAACCAAGUCCGCUACUAGUGAGAAUGACGUCAAAGAUGUCAUGAGUAGUUCAGUUAAUAACACUAAAUUCUAUAUUGUUAAAAUAAAUAAUAAGAAAUUUUCAAAGCUUUUCAAGUCUUUAUUAAAUGUGUCGUGGCAUUUCAAAACUAAUUUUAGUAUUUACUGUCCUUGAAACACAGUGAUAUUUAAGCUUCGAAUUUUGUGUAAAAUUUAGAUAAAUUUAACACUUGUUUUAAAUCUAUAAUUUCAGAACUUAAAACUAUUAAAUCGUUAUCAACAUCAUCUAGGAUGCAGUGUUGAUAUUACAUAAUAUGUACGAAUUGAAAUAAAAACGAGAGGAUUAUUUUAUAACCAAAGAACAAUUUACACAAUUCAAAGCGAAGAAAACCUUUUACAUCAAUUAGCUGAAGUAAAUACAAAAUAUUCAAUUUAAAAUUGUAAAACGAUCAUCUAAGACGACGUCAAAUGCGAGAAUUUGUUAAUAAUAUCAGAGAAAGUUAUGCAUAAAUACAUUAUAUAAAUACAAGAAUAUCUCUGAGGCUAAAACACGUGAACGAGCCAAAUUUAAAAAAAAAAUUAAGAAAAAAAUCGAGUGAGAUAAUGAAACAAUACUUAUAGAGAAAUAAAGAAAGCAUACAAUUAACUGGAGAUCAAAAUAAAAAUAAGUAACA